AGUACCUAGGGGGACCCCGAUGCAGCCAAUCCUGACCUGAAGACUGUUGCGGGGGGGUUGGGGGGACCGACAGAGCAGUCUCUUGACACCCCUUCCGGGCAUCCUAGGGAAUGACCCCUGUGCCAGGCUCAGAGCCGGCCGCCUGAUGCUGGGUGGGCCGAGCUGGGGAUGCUGGAACGAAGGGCGUUGCUAUGGCAACGGGAGGCAGGGCCUGGGGGGGGGACCGGGCCCGAGCUGGGGCUGCGGGGGCCGGCGGUGGCUGUGGUGGGGCAAUGGCGGAGCGCGGCCCGGCCUUCUGUGGCCUCUACGACACGUCCUCUCUGCUGCAAUACUGCAACGAUGAUAAUCUGUCCGGCACUAGCGGCAUGGAGGUGGACGACCGCGUGUCGGCGCUGGAGCAGCGGCUGCAGUUGCAAGAAGAUGAGCUGGCGGUCCUAAAGGCGGCGCUGGCGGACGCGCUGCGUCGCCUGCGGGCGUGCGAAGAACAAGGCGCGGCGCUGCGCGCGAGGAACACCCCUAAGGGCCGGGCGCCCCCGCGUCUGGGCACCACCGCCUCGGUGUGUCAGCUCCUGAAAGGCCUUCCCACCAGGACGCCCCUCAAUGGCUCCGGACCCCCGCGACGCGUGGGCGGCUAUGCCACCUCUCCAUCUUCCCCCAAGAAAGAGGCGAGCUCCGGGCGCAGCAGCCGUCGCUACUUGUCACCUGAGCGCCUGGCCUCUGUGCGUCGCGAGGACCCCCGUAGCCGUACCACAUCUUCCAGUAGUAAUUGUAGCGCCAAAAAAGAAGGGAAAACCAAAGAAGUUAUCUUCAGCAUGGAGGAGGGAUCCGUAAAGAUGUUUCUGCGGGGACGCCCUGUGCCCAUGCUGAUCCCGGACGAGCUGGCGCCCAACUAUAGCCUGGACACUCGUUCUGAGCUGCCCUCCAGCCGUCUAAAGCUAGACUGGGUCUAUGGCUAUCGAGGCCGGGACUGCAGGGCCAACCUUUACCUCCUGCCCACCGGGGAGGUGGUGUACUUUGUGGCCUCUGUGGCCGUACUGUACAGUGUGGAGGAGCAGAGACAACGACACUACCUGGGGCACAAUGAUGACAUCAAAUGUCUGGCUGUCCAUCCAGAUAUGGUCACCAUCGCCACAGGACAGGUGGCAGGCACCACAAAGGAAGGCAAGCCUCUGCCACCCCACGUGCGUGUGUGGGACUCAGUUUCCCUUUCCACCUUACACGUCCUGGGCCUGGGGGUGUUUGACAGAGCUGUGUGCUGUGUGGCCUUCUCCAAAUCCAAUGGGGGCAACCUGCUAUGUGCAGUGGAUGAAUCCAACGAUCAUGUGCUCUCUGUGUGGGACUGGGCCAAGGAGAGCAAAGUGGUGGAUAGCAAGUGCUCUAAUGAGGCCGUGCUGGUGGCUACCUUCCACCCCACUGAUCCCAGCCUGCUGAUAACCUGUGGCAAAUCCCACAUCUACUUCUGGAGCCUGGAGGGAGGCAAUCUGAGCAAGCGGCAGGGCCUAUUCGAGAAACACGAGAAACCAAAGUAUGUGCUGUGUGUGACCUUCUUGGAAGGUGGCGACGUGGUCACUGGAGACUCUGGGGGGAACCUCUAUGUCUGGGGCAAAGGUGGAAACCGCAUCACCCAGGAAGUUCAAGGAGCCCAUGAUGGUGGCGUGUUUGCGCUCUGCGCCCUGCGGGACGGGACGCUGGUGUCUGGAGGGGGCCGCGAUCGUCGGGUGGUCCUCUGGAUCUUGCUUGGCUCGGUGCACACAGGUUUCUCGCUGCUUGUUCAGGGACAUGUGGAGGAGCUGUGGGGCCUGGCCACACAUCCUAGCAGGGCGCAGUUUGUGACCUGUGGGCAGGACAAGCUGGUGCACCUGUGGAGUUCAGAGACCCACCAGCCAGUGUGGAGCAGAACCAUUGAGGACCCUGCCCGUUCGGCUGGCUUCCACCCCAGUGGCUCUGUCCUAGCGGUGGGCACGGUGACUGGCAGGUGGCUGCUACUGGACACAGACACCCGUGACCUGGUGGCUAUCCACACAGAUGGCAAUGAGCAGAUCUCCGUGGUCAGCUUUUCACCAGACGGGGCGUUCCUGGCUGUGGGUUCCCACGACAACUUGGUGUACGUGUACACGGUGGACCAGGGUGGCCGCAAGGUCAGCCGCCUGGGCAAGUGCUCGGGCCAUUCCAGUUUUAUCACCCACCUGGAUUGGGCCCAGGACAGCACCUGCUUUGUCACCAACUCUGGAGACUACGAGAUUUUGUACUGGGACCCCAACACCUGUAAGCAGAUCACCAGUGCAGACACCGUGAGAAAUGUGGAAUGGGCUACCGCUACUUGUGUGUUGGGUUUUGGAGUUUUCGGGAUCUGGCCCGAGGGGGCGGAUGGCACAGACAUCAAUGCUGUGGCCCGCUCUCAUGAUGGGAAGUUGCUGGUUUCUGCUGAUGACUUCGGCAAAGUGCAUCUGUUCAGCUACCCCUGCUGUCAGCCGAGAGUGAGUCUCUCUGGAGGACCUAAGAAUGUGGGAUUGGAGGCCAUAUUCACUCCUUUGUGGGGAUAUCUGUUUUAUUUUUGGAAGAGGGUCUCAAAUAACCCAGGCUUGCUUCAAAGUCCCAAUAUAGCAAAGAAUGACUUGAAUUCCCACCAAUCCCCCUGCCUCUGCUUCCUCAGAGCUAAGAUUACAGAUGUGCACCAUCAACCCACGUCUAUGUGUUGCUGGAGGUGGAGCCCAGUCCUUUUCUGCCCUCUCGGCUGCCUCCCUAGCCUUUGCGGUUGUUCAUCUUAUUUACUCUUCUUGGGACCUUAGUUUCCCCACAGCUAUAGUAUGCCUUCAUGGCACAGGGCCUUUCACAGGGAUCGGAGAUGGAACCCGUAGCUCGGGGGUUAUUGCAUACUCCCCUUUUACAAGCAUUAAAUGAGCACCUACUGUAUGCCUGGACAAAUAAGACCCGUGAGGCCACUGUCCUCACUAAGCUGGGUGUACGACUACAGGGCUCAGGGUUUGUGUUCCCAACACCCAUGAUUCCCUUAUGGGCCCAGAACAAUGACCAAUUUUUACAGAGCCAGAUGGCUAUUGAGAGCAGUUGCCCGAGGCUGGGAGAAUCUGCU